CAUGACACAUUUUCGAGGGUCAGACUGCCUCCGUGGCUUUGCUAAGGUGUGUGGCGCAAAGUGUCCCAAGUCACUGACAUCUACAAGACUGCGAAAGCAUGCCGCAACGCUUUCAACAGUGCUGAAUAUGACUGACACCGAGAUGGACCAGCUGGCAAACUUCCUUGGACACGACAUAAGAAUCCAUCGUGAGUUCUAUCGACUCCCUGAGAAGACCUUGCAACUUGCCAAGAUCAGCAAAGUUCUAAUGGCACUUGAACAAGGAAGAUUAGCUGAGUUCCAUGGCAAGAACUUGGAUGAAAUUGGGAUAGAUCCUGAUGAAAAAGUUCUUAACUCUGAUGAGGAAGACGAGAGCAUAACAGAGGGACUCUGUUCAUCUACUGUUGACGAACCAUCUUCAGAGGUGGCACUUCCUCCUACCGAGAGGAGUGACAUGCCGCCACCACCCAAGAGACGCAGACUACCAGCAGAUGAAGAGAUGCCUACAGAAGCCAGUGCUGUGAGGCCUUCUUCCAAAGGUAAAAGUACCCAGAAGACACCCUGGCAGCAGACAGAGGUGCAGGCGGUGGAAAGGCACAUGCAGCGAUUCAUCACAUCGCUCACUGUACCAGCAAAGAGCGACUGUGAAAAGUGCUUGAAAGCUGAACCAGGAGCACUGAAGAACCGUGAUUGGAAGAAUGUAAAAUUUUACAUUUAUAAUCGUAUUACAGCUUACAAAAAGAAAUUCCAGUGCAAAUAAUAAUAAUGUGAACAUCAUGGCAGGUUUUGUUCAAAGAUUUUAAAGGGUUAAAGAUGUUUUAAGGUUUACUAUCCCUUUAAAACUACAGAAACACUUGUAGGCUAUAGAAUACUUUUGUUUGCCAUAUGUUUUAUGAUGACUGUGAUGGCCACCAGUCGGAAAACAUUGAUCAAACAACAUUUCAAAUAGAGUGUCAUGUUUGCAGUACAGUAUGUUUAUGAUGACCGUGAUGACCACCAGUCGGAAAGCAUUGGUUGGACAAAGUUAAUUUAAAGUCGUAGUUUGUUUAAAUUCACAUGUAUGUGAAAGGAAGCAUGUGUGAAAGUUAUUUUAUUUUAUAUACUUUUAAUAUCAGGACCUUGUUUUUAGGUAUGACUUCAUUUUGAGUUUUGUGAAGCUGAGUUCAAUAAAAGUUGAAUUCCGCAA